GUUAGCUAACUGAUUACCUGUCAACUGAGAAAGCAAACUGGCAGAAGAGGGAUAAAAUUCAAAUCCAGACAUUUUGGAAUUGGAGGGGAUGUAGCUUCUUCCAACUGAACAGCGGAGGAGUUUGUUAGACCUGGACAAUGAUCACAGAGCCAGAUUGGAUUAGUGAAACCUAUUUACCAGAAGUUCAGAGCAGUUGCAUGAAGCCGACAGGCAGUCGGAAGAGAGAGGUGAAAAAUGCACCAGAUUUACAGCUGUAGCGAUGAAAAUUUAGAAGUUUUCACCACUGUGAUUUCAUCCAAAUCAUGUAGUCCAGCCAGAAGAAAAGACAAAAGCACGCAACACAUCCUAACAAAGAGAGUGGUGACAGUGUCUGAUUAUCGGCCCUACAGGACAGAGGACUUGCUUCCAAGCCAAGGUGAUCUCACCCAAGUCCUGUACAAAGAUGUGGUGAGGAACUUUGGCCGCUUACAGAAUGAACAGGAAGGAUUCUGUCCUGCCAAGCACAUGGGAAUUUCUGAACAAGAGUCAUCAAAGUCCUGUGAUAACCAGUCGGAUGGAAAAUCUUCUCAACCUUCGACAUCCCCAGUCACCCAUAUCACAGUGAAACGGGCUGCAGCCAUAGAGCCAGCUACACAGGACAGUGCUUCUGCAGAAGACCAUAGACGGCACUCGAGGAAGAACACUGAGCAUGACUUAACCCUCGCCCCAGAAGCAGAUGCCUCUUUACCUUUGACUGGCAACAACUUGUGCGGAACACCCAGCAUCCUGAGGAAAAUGUGGAUGAAGCACAAGAAGAAAUCAGAAUAUCUGGGGGCAACAAACAGUGCCUUUGAGGCCGACUGACAAGCCUCAGCUUUGCUUUUGCAGGAUGAAUAUUCCUUUAGCAAGGGCAGAAGGCUUCAGGAUUUCCCUAGGGAUGGAUGUAACUCUGUUGAUGAAUAUCUGAGGACAUAACAUUACUUGUGCUAUUCAGGGCAUUUGCCUAACCUGGAUAGAUGGAAGGAUAAUGGAGAUAAAAGGUGAAUAUGAGUUAAUUCAACAGCCAUAUUUUAUUAGAAUAUUUCUGAUACCAGUACAGUUGUAACAGAUUCCACCUUUGAUUUGCUAAUGCUAAAACUACUGUUGACUCAUUCUGUCCCAAUUAACUUAGAUUCACAAAGAGAAAAGCCUACAAGAAGCUUUGUAUAUUCCUAUGAGACCUCAUAUCAACGACGAUGUGCCAUUAAAGCCGAGUCCUGCUGUUCAUUUUGUACCACUGCCACCACUGAAUUCACGCCCUCCCCAAAGUCAUUUUCUCUGAGGUACAAGAGUUAAAAACCAAACCUUAAAUCAGGUACACUUUGCUGACGGACAUCCACCAGUACAUUUUUAUUCACUUUUGAUGUUUAUUAGACAGGAGUAAACAAAGGGAGGGUGAGACAGAACUGAGGUUAUUUAAGCACUUAGCUCCCAUUGAUUUCAAUGGAAGUUAGGCACCUACAAAUACCUUUGAGGCUCUGGGCCUUAGUGACUUCCAGGUGCAUAUUUACUGAAACUCUGAUCCAUGACAAAUGAUCAGUCUAUUAAAAUUUCCUGUCCAGAUCAAACUGUACCAACAAUGGCACAUCAAAUACAGACACUUUGUUCUGAAGAACCUGCUCAAGUGCUAGGUAUAACUGUAAUAUGUAACUUUGUGCUACAGAAAAUUUCAUCAUGUGCAUGUGAUGCUAGGAGGCAAGAAAGGAUGUGUAGAUUGCAAAACUGGACUACUUGGUAAAGUAGGUUUGUUCUCAAGAGGCCUGAUCCUAUAAGCCAGUGUUUCUCAACCUUUUUGACACCAAGGACCAGCUUCCUGCCUUCCUAAACUGCAUCAGGGAGAUCACAGGAACCAGCGCCAGUCCACGUACCAGUCAUUG